AUGGAUUCCUUUGAGUACAGCCCCAAUCCUGGCCGUGUCGUGUUCGGCAGCGGCACACUGCAGAAGCUCCCGGAGGAGAUCGCGCGCUUGCAGGUGAAGUCUCCAUUGGUGCUAUCGACACCCCAUCAAAUUAGCCAUGCCGAAAAAGUCAAGGAAGUCCUCAAGGGCCAAGUGGCUGGCAUUUUCAGUGAGGCUACCAUGCAUACCCCAACACAUGUUACCGACAAGGCUCUCGAGUAUGCGAAAGCUCAGAGUGCGGAUGCGGUUAUUUCCAUCGGUGGUGGAAGUACCAUUGGUUUAGGAAAGGCGAUCAGUAUCCGUACUGGACUCCCUCAUAUCUGCAUUCCGACAACCUAUGCCGGUAGUGAGAUGACUCCCAUCUUGGGUGAGACGGCCGAUGGACUGAAGCAGACACGCUCGGAUCCCAAAAUCUUGCCUGGUACCGUUAUCUACGAUGUGGAUUUGACCAUGACCCUGCCGGCGGCCAUGAGUGCCACCAGUGGAGUCAAUGCUAUCGCUCACGCUGUCGAGGCCCUUUAUGCCCGCAACACCAACCCAAUCAUCUCUAUGAUGGCCAUUGAAGGCACCCGGGCCCUUGCAUCUGCCCUCCCCGAGAUUGUCGAGAACCCGUCUUCUCAAUCUGCCCGUUCCAAGGCUCUUUACGGCGCCUGGCUUUGUGGUACCUGUCUAGGUAGCGUGGGCAUGUCCAUCCACCACAAGCUGUGCCACACUCUCGGUGGUAGCUUCAACCUCCCCCAUGCAGAGACUCACACCGCUGUCUUGCCUCACGCUAUUUCUUACAAUGCGCCUAAUAUCCCCGAGGCCAUGAAGAAACUUGCCGAUGCGCUGCCGGACAGCAAUGGUGACGCGAUCCAUGGUCUUAAUGUCUUGCUGACCAAGCUGAAGGUCAAGCGUGGCCUCAAGGACUUCGGUAUGAAGGAGGAGGAUAUUGAUAAGGCGGCUGAUAUUGCUGUUUCCAACCCUUACUGGAACCCACGCGCAAUUGAGCGGACACCGAUUCGUGAGCUGAUUCGCAGAGUCUGGGCGGGUGAGCCAGCAACUGCAAACCUGUAG